ACGCACCCACUUCAAAUAACCAGCUUUCUCUACACAACCUCACUGUGAGGCUCUCUUCAUCCACCAAAAGAGAGAAAAAAAAUGGUGAAGUUCUCAAAGGAGCUUGAAGCUCAACUCAUACCAGAAUGGAAAGAGGCCUUCGUCAACUACUGGCAGCUCAAGAAGCAGAUAAAGAGAAUCAAACUCUCCAGACUUCCCAAGCCAUCUCACCACGCCCAAGGAGGCUUUGGUCUUUCCAUUUUCGAUUCUCUUCCCUUUCUUCUCAAGAAAAUCGCUCUCAAACUCUCUGCUUCCGAUGAUGAUAACCUCAACAUCAUUAAGGUGAGGAAGAAAACUGCAAAGGACGGAAGAGAAGAAAUUUAUGAGACAGAGCUUGCACAGUUGUUUUCGGAAGAGGAUGAGGUACGUGUAUUUUUUAUGAGGCUGGAUGAAGAGCUAACCAAAGUGAACCAAUUUUAUCGGAGGCAAGAGAGUGAGUUCUUAGAGAGAGGAGAAACCUUGAACAAGCAGCUUCAGAUUUUGAUUGAUCUCAAGCAAAUUAUCAGUGAACGCCGCCGGAAAAAUUCUCCUUCAAAGGCAUGUAACACCGGAAUUUUCCCUCAUUCUCCAGCUCGGGAUUCGGAUUACUCUGUUUGUGCAGAAAAUUUAGGAGAUUCCGAUGAAACAAAUUCAGAAAUUUCAAAAACGGAAGAGGUAAUCACGACAUUAGAAAAAAAUGGCAUAAGUUUUGUUAAUUCAGCGACGAGGACAAAGACGAAUAAGGGAAAGCCUAAAAUGGCAAUGAGAAUUGAUGUUCCAGCCACCAACCCCACUCGGGCGAUUACGGCUAUUACUAGCAUGCUGUGGGAGGAUUUAGUGAAUAAUCCAACCGGAGACAUCGUUCACAAGAGGAAGAUCCAAUGUGCUGAGAAAAUGGUCAGAAGUGCGUUUGUGGAACUCUAUAGAGGCCUUAGCCUACUCAAAACUUACAGCUCACUGAAUAUGGUAGCAUUUUCAAAGAUAUUAAAGAAAUUUGACAAGGUGUCCUGCCAAAAAACUUCGGCAAAUUAUUUAAAAGAAGUGAAGAGAUCCUAUUUCGUUAGUUCUGAUAAGGUUGUUAGACUAAUGGACGAAGUGGAAUCCAUAUUCACAAAGCACUUUGCCAACAAUGAUAGAAAAAAGGCAAUGAAAUUUUUAAGACCCCAACAACAUAAAGAUUCUCAUAUGGUCACCUUCCUUGUCGGGUUGUCUACUGGUUGUUUUGUAUCCUUGUUUUGUGUAUAUGCGAUCUUGGCCCAUUUGUGCGGUAUAUUCUCCCAUAGCAAUGAGCCAGCUUAUAUGGAAACAGUCUACCCUGUUUUCAGUGUGUUUACUUUGUUAAGCCUGCACUUGUUUAUGUAUGGAUGCAACCUUUUCAUGUGGAAGAAUACAAGAAUCAAUUACAAUUUCAUAUUUGAAUUCUCACCAAGCACAGCACUCAAGCACAGAGAUGCAUUUCUGAUGUGCACAACCUUAAUGACAACGGUGAUUGGGGCAAUGGUGGUACAUCUGCUUCUAAGGGCUGGAGGCUUUUCUCCUAGCCAAAUUGAUGCCAUUCCUGGAAUUCUUCUUCUGUUUUUCACAGUCCUCCUCAUUUGCCCAUUUGACAUUUUCUAUCGCCCUACACGAUAUUGCUUCAUUCGUGUUAUACGCAACAUAGUAUGCUCUCCAUUUUAUAAGGUUCUGCUAGUAGACUUUUUCAUGGCUGACCAAUUAACUAGCCAGAUUCCAUUGCUAAGACAUUUGGAGACUACUGGUUGUCACAUUUUUGCUAGAGUUUUCAAAACACACCAUCCUGAGACCUGCCAUUCUGGAAGGCUAUAUAUGGAAAUAACUUAUAUCAUCUCAUUUUUGCCAUAUUAUUGGCGUGCUUUGCAGUGUGCAAGACGGUGGUUUGAUGAUGGUGAUGUGAAUCAUUUGGCUAACAUGGGUAAGUAUGUUUCGGCAAUGGUGGCAGCAGGGGCUAGAGUAACAUACAGCAGGCAACAUAACCAUCUUUGGUUUGCCAUAGUGUUAAUGACUUCUGUGGUGGCCACAAUUUAUCAACUGUACUGGGAUUUUGUAAAGGACUGGGGAUUUCUUAAUCCCAACUCCAGAAAUCCAUGGCUUAGAGAUGAUCUAAUUCUAAAGAAUAAAAGCAUAUACUAUAUGUCUAUUGCCUUAAAUGUUGUCCUAAGAGUGACAUGGGUGGAGACCAUCAUGCAUUUUAAAGUAGGGCAUGUUCAAUCACGACUACUAGAAUUUCUGUUAGCUGCACUUGAGGUUAUUCGCAGAGGGCAUUGGAAUUUCUACAGGUUGGAAAAUGAGCAUCUAAAUAACGUUGGUCAUUACCGAGCAGUGAAGACAGUUCCACUACCAUUUCGAGAGACAGACUCUGAUUGAUGAAGUGAUUUUCUUAUACACGAAAAUAUGUCCUAUAGACAUGCUGACAAAUAGAGGCAUGAAGUGUAAAGAAAAAAAAAAUGGGAAGGAGGAGAGAAACUUUUCUUAAUGUGUUUCUUGUUUCCCUUCAUUAAAUUAUCGUACAUAAGAUUGUCUCUUCUGUAGACAAAUGGACAUGUUAAAAAUAGUAAAAAGAAGGAAAUGUUACUUCUUCCUAAUUUUAAUAAAUAUUGAAAUGUUAGUACCCUUUGUCAGGUGAAAUAAAUUUGGGUUGG